GGGGCUGCCCCGAGGAAAGGCCACUCCCUGGCCCCAUAAUGCACUGCGGGCGCGUCACUUGGAGCGGCGGGUCUCGGCUCGACAGUUUCCUGGAUCACCCUCUUGGGGGCAGUUGGAGAGCUUGAGAACCAGUCCCUCCUAUGCCUGUACAGCCAAGGCAAAGUCCAGGGCUAAAGUGUCAGCCACCAGACGCGAGAUGUUGUAAUCCCAUCUCACAGGUCUUCUCUGCUGGUUGAAAUGUCUAUGAUUUUAUCUGCAUCAGUCAUUCGUGUCAGGGAUGGGCUGCCACUUUCUGCUUCUACUGAUUAUGAACAAGGCACAGGCGUGCAGGAGUGCAGGAAGUAUUUUAAAAUGCUCUCGAAGAAACUGGCUCAGCUUCCUGAUAGAUGUACACUGAAAACUGGACAUUAUAACAUUAAUUUUAUUAGCUCUCUGGGAGUGAGCUACAUGAUGUUGUGCACUGAAAAUUACCCAAAUGUUCUGGCCUUCUCUUUCCUGGAUGAGCUUCAGAAGGAGUUCAUUACUACUUAUAACAUGAUGAAGACAAAUACUGCUGUCAGACCAUACUGUUUCAUUGAAUUUGAUAACUUCAUUCAGAGGACCAAGCAGCGAUAUAAUAAUCCCAGGUCUCUUUCAACAAAGAUAAAUCUGUCUGACAUGCAGAUGGAAAUCAAGCUGAGGCCCCCUUAUCAAAUAUCCAUGUGUGAACUGGGGUCAGCCAAUGGAGUCACAUCUGCAUUUUCUGUUGACUAUAAAGGUGCUGGUAAGAUUUCUUCUGCUCACCAGCGACUAGAACCAGCAACUUUGUCAGCAAUUGUGGCAUUUAUCCUCAGUCUUUUAUGUGGAGCUCUGAAUUUAAUUCGAGGUUUUCAUGCCAUAGAAAGUCUUUUGCAGAGUGAUGGUGAAGAUUUUAAUUACAUUGUUGCAUUUUUCCUUGGAACAGCAGCCUGCCUUUACCAGUGUUAUUUACUUGUCUACUACACCGGCUGGCGGAAUGUCAAAUCUUUCUUGACUUUUGGUUUAAUCUGUCUGUGCAACAUGUAUCUCUAUGAACUGCGCAACCUCUGGCAGCUUUUCUUUCACGUGACCGUGGGAGCGUUUGUUACACUACAGAUCUGGCUAAGGCAAGCCCAGGGCAAGGCUCCUGAUUAUGAUGUCUGACACCAUCCUUCAGACAUACUGCCUUGGCUUCUGGGGAAAAAAGAGGGAGUAUAUUUAACUGCCACUGUGAUGAAGAAACUGUUCACCACAAUCAAGAAGCUCUGCUUUCUUUUUCUCCAGCUAUCCUUUUUGUUUCAAGUCAGCAUGGCAUGCCUGGGAGCAUACAGUACCUGUUAGGCAAACUCUUCAUAUUAGCCGUGAGAUUGUUAUUCAGAAGAAGAGACUUCUCUCUCCAGGGCCAUGACAGUGGAAGAACAGUCAGAUGCCACCGGAAGACUUGGCCAGCAGUCCUGAAUCCUUCUGAAGAGUUCAAUCAAAAGAUCCUCAGGUACAUGCUCUGAGGACCGAGUGGGAACUCUAUGACCUGGGUUCGCCUUUGUGAGGCAUGAGUAUAGCCCAAAUAAAAAGAUGCCACAAAGUUUAUAUUUAAAACAACUUGCUAAAUGUCAGAUUAUUUGCACAUUUAAGGUACCAUGAGUUUAUGAAGUCUAGGAUGGUGUGGAAUUGGUUCUUUUCGUCUUAUAUUUUUGCUUGAAUCUAAACUCUGGAAAUCACUUGAUGUAUGAGAAAGCUGUUAUGAGCGCAUCUUUCGAACAUCACAAGUAUUGAAAACACAGUAACCUAUGUUUCCUUUCUAGACCAUGUUUGUAGUUUCUUUUGAAAUCACUUUUUAAAAAUGUGGUUUGUUAAAUUAUAACCAUUGUUUCCCAAACUUCAAUCACUUAAGUAUUAUAUAUAAGUAUUAUUUCUUAAUAUUAUCUUUAAAUUUUAAAAUAUUGUAAAAACAAACUAAUCUCUACUCCAAGAGGAAAACCGGCAUCAAUUUACCAUGAAUAAAGGGUAACAACAAAAUAAAAUUAAAACAACAAAUGUUAUUAAAUUCUAACUAGAUACUAAUGUCUGCUAAGGCGUUGAAUCCAAGAAGCCUGCUGUGUGUUGCAGUGAGAGAGAUGUUACCCAGCACCAAAAUGGGGCUCUCUCUGUGGGAUUAUGAGAAGAAUGAAAGAGAAUUGUAAAGGGAAUGACAUUCUCACUGUGAUUCUGCAUUAUUUAGCUCUGUGUUGUAUACCACCUAAAAUCCUCCUGUGUGCUACCAACGGUGUGGGUCCGGAACACUGAACUUGUACUAAGAGAAUCAGAAGGUAACUUCUCCCAGCAACUCUUAUUAUUUUAUGGCUUUGAGGAGUUCUGCACCUAAUUUCUUAGAGAACUCGUUUGUUUUUUGAUAACGUUAUAAAGAUUGUUCAAGAAGUUAUGACUUAAUAAUAUAGGAAGCACAAUUUGAUUCCAUUAGCAAAAAUCUACAUCUCUGCUGGUUUUGCAAGUUAUCUUCAUUAAUGAUUUUCUUUUGUUUUUAGAGAAAAGAUUCCAAACAAGGAAUACAUAAGGAAUACGAAUUUAAAAUUUGAUAUCCAGAAAACAGUGGACCCAUUACAUAUAACUCAUGUUACUGGGCAUAUUUAUUAAGCAGAAGAAAUAGUCCGGAGGGGUAAAGUCAUUGAACUACCAUGUUUGUUUGAACCUGUAUAUGUAGGCAUGCCUGCAACUGUAAAAUCUUGCUAGCUAGAACUUUUUGCUGCACUCCCUUUUUAGGAGAAUGAGGCAAAAGGAAGACAAUAAGCUUGUAAUGUCAGGGAUUUAUUUAAAACCGGAAACUCCAGUUCACUUCAGUUUUCUGCCUCUAACAAAACUGCAGAGAAAUUAUAUAUAUUCUGAGAGCUGCCCCAAGAUAUACCACAUGAUCCUGACUCAUCAAAAUAAAACUGUUUGGCAUUUUGUACUUUUGAGCCAGGAGAGUGAAGUGGUUCAGUGUGGAAAGAUUUUUCUGAACUAACUGUUAAAACAAGAGGAGUUCUCUUGUAAAUAGCCAAUUAACCAAGAAGUUGGAGCAUUCUGGUUAAUUGUGAUUUUGCUAUAUAUUGAUACUUAAUAGCUCUCUUACCAGUUUGGUUCACUUUGGUUUUCCUUUAUCAUUGAAUUAUUGAAUUAUGGUGUUUGGUGUUUUGGAUCAGUCAGCAAAGACACUUGAAAACUCACCAGCUGUUUAAUUUGUUUUUUUUGCUUUUGUUUUGUUUUUUUCUAUUUUUGGAUAAUGGGAUGUUUACAUAUUAAUGUAAAAACUGAAAACAGGUAUAAAUAAUGUUUUAUGUAUAGAAAUGCUUUUUUUUUCAUUAUUUGGUAUCUGCAUCGCUGAGUGUUUAUAUAACUUCUCUGCCCUUUCGUGUUGUUGCCAAAGAAACUGAAUUUGGAAUGAAAAAUUUUUACCGUGAGUAUAAAGUUUUUAAGCUCAUUAGGCUUCUAAUGUGUAUGAUAGUAAUACCGCACUGUUACUUCUAAGAGCAGUUCCGCAUUUAUCUAAUCAUAAUGAGUUUUGUCAUGGAGGCUGAGAAUUAGUUGUCCUCUUGUUAUGAAGGAGGAAACUGAGGUAAUCAGAUGUUAAUGACUUAUGUAGGGUUACAGAGCUAAGCACAUACAACUCCUAAUCCCUUAGCCUUGGGGCCCUGCCUCCCCAGAGUGGGGACUGAUGAAGAUAACUAGGGUUGCACUCAGGAAAUAGAUCUGUUCUUGGUAAAAUCAGGGAAUUGGGAACUUAAUGAACUCAGGCCUGCUAGUGUCAAAUAUAGGUGUGUAUUAAGGUGACUCUGAAAUACUGCUUUUUUAUUAAGGUGUUCCAAAAGUAAUUACAAUAUUUGCUUACAAUAUUUGCUUGGUCUGUAUUUGAAAUGUAUUUAUACCUAGCCCAUUUCCCAAAAACAGUUGAAGCACCCCAUACCAAAAAAAGACAAAUACAACAGCAGUAACUAUGAACAGAAAGGAAGAAACACAAGAUCAGUGAAAAUGGAAGGUGAACAUGUUGCUGUUACCAAGUGUGAAAUUUGACUUUUGAACUUCCUGGAAAUCGUGGCUAGGAGGGAAACAAGUUUCCCUUCGCUAGCUCUGUCUGUAAGAGUAUACCAGUUCCUCAGGGAAGACAUCUUCCUGAAGGAUUUUGGUAAAGAGGUUCACGCUUGGGGGUCCUGUGAAAUGCUAAAAUGAACAAAAUCCUCAAUGGUUUUAGCCGUUUGCAUAUUAAUGAUUGUGCCUUGAUCCUUGACUUGUACCAGCUUUCAGAGGCGUUCAUUUAAGGAGUUUCAGCGUGGUUAAUAGAGGAUUUUGUUGGCAUGAGGAAGAAUUCUUCUCCUAAGCUAAAAAUAGGUACGUGUUAAAGCUUGAAAAUCCAUUUGAGACAAAUGCCUAGAGACAUAGACCUUUACCUAAUUCUGUCAUUUUAUAAUUCAUAUAAAGUUAAUGUGCUGCCCCUGGAUUAGCACAUUUAUUUUGUAUUAAAUGUGGUCUUUUUCACAGUGGAAUCUAGUCUGGAGAAAUGACUGGUUCCAUUUCUGUUAGGCGGUGUCCGGAUUUGUCAAGGCUCCACAGACCAGGUUUGUCAUAUGAGCUUUAACCUCCGUGUCAUGUAAGUGCUUCCUGUUGAGUUUAGCCACCCACCAAAAUGGGAGUUGCUUGGCUUUAUUCCCAAAGUUUUACAAAGUAACCUAUGGGGCUCCACUCUGAGCUGUUGGAUUUCCAAGAGACACAGCAAAAUGUGUGUGCGUGUGCGUGCACACUUGUAAUGUUAUUUUAACAGACUUUUAGUUUAUUUUAAAAGAGCUGUCAUGAAGUAUAUAGUAAAACAACAAAUAAAUUGCACUUGACCUUGAAUAAAGCAGUGGUUAGGGGCACCAACCCCUCCCCAGUGCAGUCAAAAAUCCAUGUGUAACUACUUUUCUAAUAGCCUACAGCUGAUCAGAAGCCUUACUGAUAACAUAAGCAGUCAAUUAACACAUAUUUUAUAUGUUCUAUAUAUUAUAAUACUCUAUUCUUAUAGUAAAAAUCUUAAGAUCAUAAAGAAGAGAAAAUACAUUUAUAGUACUGUAAUUCUAAAAAAGUCCACAUGUCAGAGUGCCUGGGUGGCUCAGUUGGUUGAGGUUCCAACUCUUGAUCUCAACUCAGCUUGAUCUCAGGGCUGUGAGUUCAAGCCCUGCAUUGGGCUCGGUGUUGGACAUGCAGCCUACUUAAAAGUCCACAUGUAAAUGGCCCCACACAGCUGAAACUUGUAUUGUUCAAGUAUCAAGUGUAUUUCAAAGGCAGCCACCAUUCAGAUCAAAUUGAACACUUAACCUUUACCACAAAUUAUAGGUAAUUCUUCAGGGCUGCCAUCUUUGUCUGUGGUCAAGCCUUCUUUGUAUUUUCCUACUUUAUCAUCUCUAAGGAAAUGCUGUAGUAAAAUCAACCUGAUUUUUUAAUUUUGAUUGGCUUUAGUAAUAUGCUACUUAAAAGUUAAACACCUUCAACUCCAAGGGUUAUGAAUCAGCUUGUGUGUAAAGGCUGUGUUGGCUGAGAAUUUACCUCUUAUCGGUUAGGGUUAUAAAUGUCUGAUCAUCUUCAUCAAUGUUCUGAGGCUGCUGUUGAAUGCUGGCUUAUUUUAGCAUAUUUCAGCUCAUAUUUCUGAGCGGUGAACUUUUCAAAGAGAAGCAGUGUCUGUGGCUGCCACUCUUGUAACAUCUUCUUUGAGUGGCCAAGUUUUCUGGGUUACUCAAUUUCACAAGAUGAAGUCACAGUGUUGAACAUACUGUUGAAUGCACUCAGUGGUUGGAAGCCACGUGGCUUGUAUCCUCCUUGCUUGUGAACAGGGAGUGCAGUUGACAUGUGUGUACAUGUUUUCUUCUGCAUUGGCAGUGCCCGUAUAUAAUAAGUAGUCUUAGCACAAUUGGAGGCUGUAGGAAACUCCAGGAGAGAACAGGCUUAAUUUUCAAAGAGUUCCUGAAAUCAGUACCCUAGCCUUAUGAAUUGUUCCUGCUAUUUCCUUGGUAACAAAUGGUAUUUUCAGCCCCACCUCACCCACAGUUCAUAUUUGCCCCUUUUCCCUGCAUCCCACAGCACAGCAGUGCAAGUGUCACUGAACGGAAGCAUAUUCAGGCUCCAUCUCAGAGUAGGAAACAGGACUCCAAACUUUUGUUUCCCAUUUGGUCCUGGCAGCCCUCUGCAGCUCUGCCUUCAGAGUUUGCCUCCUUAGUGCCAGUGCUUUUCUGUGAGGCUUCGGCUCUCCAUGACCUUGCCAACAAUAUUUGGCCUUCUACUUGGAAUUCUUCCAGUACCUGGGACUAAUGAUAAGAAUUCUUAGCACCUUUUGUGGGCCAGGGCUAGGUCCUCCUACAUGGUUAAUCCUUAGGGCAGCCUGGGGGAUGGGAGGCACUAUCUCAUAUUGGCUUGAGGAAACAGACUUACAUUCAAACCUGAGAUUCAGGCUUAAGUGAUUCAAAAGUUGGUGUUCAUUUUUCUGUGCUGCAGAAUCUCAUAAAGAAUACUCCUCGUAUGUUACUGACAACCACUGGGCCUUUACUGUUCUAGCAGCAGUGAGAACAGACAAAGCUGACAUGGAGGGAAACAGUACUGUGUACAAUAAGGAUGUCAUCCUUACAGAAAGCCUUUCUGUAAGCUUUCUUUUUAUAGACGGAGUACCCGAGGCCUAAAGAGGUUAAGUCACUUGACCUCAGUCAAUCUUGCCACCAAUCUUGGUGGCACCAAGAUUUCAGUCCAGAUCAGUCUUACUCAGAACUCAUGCAUGCUCUUAAGCACCAUGUAAUAUUAAGCUAGACAACAUAGAAAUAUGUGGAAAUACAUAAGGAAUAUAUGUUGGAAUGUAUAUCCAAGUAAUCUACAUUUUAAAAGUUUUAUAUAAGUAAUCUCUAUACCCAACAUGAGGCUCGAACUCAUGGCCUUGAGAUCAAGAGUCACGUGCUCUAUGGACUGAGCCAGCCAGGCACCCCUCUGCAUUACCUUUUUAAUAAAAGGGAUUGGUCAGUGCUAACUUCUGCAAUGUGGCUAUCCAAGACUGAGCAAAAUGGUUUCCUGAAAUUCCUGUAUGUAGAACAGUGACAUGGGGACAUGUGGAUGCAAGGGGUAUGGUGAAACUUAAAUGAGCCUUAGGUUUUAGGGCAAGAGCUAUACAGUCUUUUCUUUGUAUUAAGUCUAAUGAUUCUUAACAUAGAAUGUUAAAGCUUCACUGGUGAUUCAUUUGUUACAAACAUUUACUUUUUCUAAUUGAAGGACAGAAUUGGUUCUCUGAUAUAAAGUAAUUUUAUGGAAA